CGCAGAAGGAUGCGCAGUAAACAGUGCAGUGGAGGUUUCAGUCAGCGACAUCUUGUGGUAUAGUAGAAUUUAGCUAGUGGAAUCUGUGGCUAUCACGAACAUCCGAUGUUUAUUGUGUAGUAUAUCCAACAGAUAACUGAAAAUGUCGUCCAACAACCAGAAGUUAUCCACUACAGAGCGAGUUAUCAAAAGUGUGCCGUUCCCGCCCAGCCGCAAGCUGACAACGGCGGAGGUGUUCGACACGAGGACGGGCAAGCCGCGGCCCGACGUUCUGAAGCAGCACUUCAUCCUCGAGGGCCGGAUAGACGAGGCGGCCGCGCUACGCAUCAUCAACGAUGGCGCCACGCUACUGCGCUCCGAGAAGACCAUGAUCGACAUCGAGGCGCCCGUCACAGUCUGCGGAGAUAUCCACGGACAGUUCUACGACCUGAUGAAACUUUUCGAGGUGGGCGGCCCACCUGCCUCAACAAAAUACCUCUUCCUAGGCGACUACGUAGAUCGAGGAUAUUUUAGUAUAGAGUGUGUUUUGUACCUCUGGGCGCUGAAACUGUGUUACCCAGCCACAUUAUUCCUAUUGCGUGGGAAUCACGAAUGUAGGCAUCUUACAGAAUACUUCACAUUUAAACAAGAAUGUAAAAUAAAAUAUUCGGAGCGUGUGUACGACGCGUGUAUGGAAGCUUUCGACUGCUUACCGUUGGCGGCGCUUAUGAAUCAGCAGUUCCUCUGCGUCCACGGGGGGUUGUCGCCAGAGAUACACAACCUGGACGACAUACGGAAGUUGGAUCGAUUCAAGGAGCCUCCAGCAUUUGGCCCCAUGUGUGAUCUUCUGUGGUCAGAUCCGCUAGAAGACUUCGGUAGCGAAAAAAAUGCUGAACAUUUCAGUCACAACAGUGUCAGAGGCUGCUCAUAUUUCUACAGCUAUGCUGCCUGCUGUGAUUUCCUCCAGAACAAUAAUCUACUGUCUAUUAUAAGAGCACACGAAGCUCAGGAUGCCGGAUAUAGAAUGUACAGAAAAAGUCAAACAACAGGAUUUCCAUCGCUUAUCACUAUCUUCUCAGCACCAAACUAUCUGGAUGUCUAUAACAAUAAGGCUGCUGUCUUGAAAUAUGAAAACAAUGUGAUGAACAUCAGGCAGUUCAAUUGUUCACCACAUCCAUACUGGUUGCCAAACUUCAUGGAUGUUUUCACAUGGUCACUGCCAUUUGUAGGAGAAAAAGUCACAGAGAUGCUUGUGAAUGUGCUGAAUAUUUGUUCAGAUGAUGAACUCAUGUCUGAUGGAGAUGAAGGGCUUGAAGAAGGGAAACUUUUUAUACAAAAGAAUGCUGCAAACCUGAGGAAAGAAGUCAUCAGGAACAAAAUCCGUGCCAUUGGGAAAAUGGCGCGUGUAUUCUCUGUUUUGAGGGAGGAGAGUGAAAGUGUUCUUCAGCUAAAGGGAUUGACACCAACAGGCUCUUUGCCACUUGGUGCCCUCUCAGGUGGAAAAACUUCGCUUAAGAAUGCCUUACAAGGGUUCUCACCAAAUCACAAGAUAACAUCGUUUGCUGAAGCGAAGGGUCUGGAUGCUAUAAAUGAAAGGAUGCCACCAAGGAAGGAUGCUCCACCAACACCAGCAUCUGAAGACAAAAAGCCACUACAACAAGGAAACCAAACAAAUAAUUCGCAUACAAACACCAAUGCUCACUCGUGAGCUUAUAUGGUGAAAAGAAUGAUGCAAGGUGGCAGUCUUCGGCUGGUCUACUCUUCUGUGAGCGGAUGUGCCUGCUCUUUGACACCCUGCUCCCUGCCCUCCCCUUUAUCAGUAGGUUAUAUACCAUACCGACAAUGUGAGCGCUACAGAAAAAGCAGGUGUAAAGCAACACGUUGGCAAUGGGAACACUAGCAUCUCUGUAUGCAUCUCUUGCAGUGAUACCUUCUUCUAUUUUUAAAGUAAAUGGCAAGGUGAUAAGUUCCAGUCUGUAUGAGAGAAAGAGAGAUGGAUCACAGUUUUCUCAAGAGUUAGCCUCUUUUUCUAAUUGUAUUCAUUUGUGUAUUUGAAGCAUCAUUACAUCCAUAUAUAAAACAGUACUUUUUGACAUUUUUGUAUAUAUUACAGUAAUAAGGAAAAAUAAGUUUCCCUGUGUGUUAUUUAAAUAAUAUCACACACACAUUGUCAGUCAUUUAUUUUAUGGUUUUGCUAGUGUUUUAGACUUGUCUUUUGUAUAUAUUUGAUAAACAGAAUUCAGUAAGAAACUCUUUUAGAUUUAGUAGAUGUAUUCAUUUUAAUAUUAAAAUGUUUCAUGCAUGCAGCAUGAGAGUAUUAAAAAUGCUAACUCUUACAGGACCCUAAUCCCUCUCUGUCUCUCACUUGUGUAACAAGGGGAAAGCACCCUUGUGGAUUAUAUUGACAGUCAAUUAUGGUUCAUCAUUUGGUGUAGUCAUUAGAAACAAUUCUGUAUAUGGCCGUGUAUUUGAGUUGUUGCGUAUAUAUACAGAAUAAAGGCAUCAUCAUUACAUCAUGUUAUGAUGGUAACAAGUUGCCAAAUAUACAGAAUUGUGUUCUUGUGAAAAUGUUAGCAGUCUUUUUGUCAGGUUCUAUGUUUCAAAUCAAAUUAUCAUUACCACAGGUACAGAUAUUAGGGAAAUUAAGCAAUUCCUGCAUUGUGUAGAUCAAAUGUAUGGUGCAAACCAUUCUUAUAUAUGUAUUACUGUUUCCAUUGCCUUAACAAAAGUUGUAAAAAGUUCAAGGUAAUGAAGAAAUAUUAAUGAAUCAUACCAUUUCCUUCAUUACAUACCUUACAUUUUUUGUGUGUAUUCCUUGCUAGAAAAAUGGAAAGAAACAAAAAAAGUUGCUGUUUACUACCAUGUUGUACUUAUUCGUUUUCUUGUACAAACCAUGUUACAUAAUUUUGUUAGGGCUUAUGUGGUCCUGACUACACAGUUUUAUUCUAAGUGGUGUGUGUGUGUGUGUGUGUGUGUGUGUGUGUGUGUGUGUGUGUGUGAGUGUGAGUAAUGUGUACUAAUGUCCCUCGGAAGAAUGGUGGUGCAUAGCAUUAUGCUACAUUUCAUUUGAAUGGAUGAUAGAGUAACUAGACUUCUAGGAGGAUGUUAUUAAUGUUUUGUUUCCUAUGUAUUUUCUCCAUGUUCUAUGAACUUGUUCCCAUAAAAUUAAUUGAAUUGUUAUACUGAAGAGUUAUUUACAUUUUUAUACCUGUGUAUGUUAACUGUAUAUACAAAUAUAUAUAUAUAAAUACAUAUACACAAACUGUUUUUAAGUGAUGUUUGUGCUCUUUGUAGAACUCUUGUUAGAAAUGUUGUUUUCAAUCUUGGAGCAAACCAUCUGUAAUGUGCAACUGUGGCUCUUCAUUGUUGCAUAUUAUGAAUGAAGCAUGCAUGUGAGUGAGUGCUUGUGGUACAUAUAAUUAAAGACAACUGUAAAUAUGAAUUCAGAUUCUUUAAAUGCGUCUCAAUAUAGUGAUAAAAAAUAAAUAUAAUGUAUGUUUUCAGAGUGCCGAGGGACAACAUUUCUUUGUAAAAUAAGGAGAAAUGAAAAUUAGUAGGAAAAUUUUUUCCCCAUUCAUAAUUGAGUAGAAUAAUUCUUCCUGUCUGUUCUAAUGCCAGUCUGUUUUUACUUGGCAGGAACAAUAUCUAAAAGAAAGUAGCUUAUGCGUUAUUUUUUUUUCCUUUGCCAAAAGGCAGAAUGCCGUACAUUCUGAGAAUAACCAACAUUCAUUAAGAAGACUUUACUGUUCUCUAUUAAAGCCUUCAAUAUACAUAUUCUUGGAAUACAUUUAAAGAAAUUAUUGCUUGAAUGUAAAUAAAACACGCCAUAAUUUUAUUUUUAGAGCUCCAGUUUGAUGUGAAAUUGGAGUUGUUAUUUUCUACAUAACUAUCUGUGUAAAGAAAGGAAUCUACUAAGACAUUUUAUAGAGGAAAAUAUUUUCAGUGACUAUGAUACUUCUGAUUUGUAAACACUAAUUCCACUACAUUCACUUUACUUCAUGUUAUAAUUCAUAAGUAUUCAGAUACAUCUUGAAGUUGGAGUACCAUAAAUAUCUUCCUGUGAUUUUUUUUUUAGUGAAGCCAGUUCAGCACACAUGUUUAUUGUACCUUGUAGACCAGACUGAAGUGCAAAAGAAAUGGAUGCUGGUAAUCAGAUUGCAUUUCAUGUCUGUCAUUAACUCACAGAAUGAAAGGAUUUUCAGAAAUAAAUCAAAUACAUUAAAUGCUUUUACAAUCCACAAUAAAAUGGUACCUUUAUUAUCAUGAUGUAAUUAUGUUUGAUAACAGUAAUGCAUUCAUUCAAGGGACUGUUUUCAUGGGUGUGUGAUCAUCUUGCCGACAUUGUUGAUUAUAUAAGUGUUAUUAUUGCUAUAUAAAUAUAUAUAUUUAUUGCAAGAUAUUGGAAAAAGAGACAUUAUCAAAGAUCUUGAAAGCUCCUUCCUCACCUUUAAUUUUCUUUUACUUGUUUUGUUCAGAGUGUAUAAAAUGACUUUAAAAGCAAUUGCCAUACAUGUAUUUAAAUCUGAAUAAUGAUAGUGUUCUGUUGAGUCAGUAUAUGAAUAAACUAAUAAACCACUUUAAAAUAAUAAUUCAGUAUCUACACUUUCAUAUAAGUUUUAUUUAUAAUUGAGCCUGACCUGUAUUUAUUUAAUUUAUUCGAAAACAAGUAUCAGAUAAUAUUUACUUUUCUGUUGACUGCAUAAGCAUUAAGCAUAACCAGAAAAAAAUAGUAUCUGUUUCAUGAAGUUGCUGUUCACAUCCUUCCAUUAAAGGAUCAGAUUUGUGUUUGUGAAAAUUUUUAUUUCAUACACAAAUUAUUGUUUGGAAAAUCUUCAUUAACAAUGAGAUGGGGUUUUAUGAUUGAUUUAAAAUGAAGAAACUCAUAUUUAGUACACUUUGUUAUAUAUCACUUUGAUUGGCUGUACUUUUUUACCUUUUUAAAUUCAAUUGUGUGUUUCAUCCCUUUUACUUUUGAUUAUAACAUUUGUGUAAGAAUAAAUCAAAGGAAGGAUUCCAGAAACAAGAUUUUAUGAUGAAAUGAAACAAUACAUAUGAAAGAAAAUUCUGAUCAUUUUUUACGGUACUCUUAAAUGCUUAUGAGUAGAUGUAAUAAUUGAUUGAGAGCUACAUGAUAACUUUUUCUGAACUUUUCAUCACUAAUGGGAACUUGAAUUACAGUAUAUAAUUACGUGGUGAAUAUAUAUAUAUCUCUCUCUCUCUCUCUCUCUCUCUCUCUCUCUCUCUCUCUCUCUCUCUCUCUCCUCUCUCUCUCUCCCACCCCCUUUCUUUUCUGCCCUAGACUCCCUCUCCAGAUUCUCCUUCCUCUUAGAACUGGAAGUUAACAGUCAAUCAAUUCAGUCACUUACUUCUAAUUUUUGUAACUGCAUUUGAAAUUGUGUUUUCAUCUCAUUUAGUUGCAUGGAGUGCCCUCUCUAAUGCAGAGAGAGAAAUUGUUAACAGUAAAUAGCUUCGAACUUAAAUGGGAGCAAAUAUGUAUCCUUAUUUUUAGUUUCACUCAUUUGAAACUUACAUUCAAGUAUCUUAUAAUGAUUUACUAUGUAACAUCUUCAAUAUUUAUUGAUGAAUCAUCAUGUAAUAUUUUAUCAAUUUAAAGGUAUAAAAGCACAUAAUUUUCCUAAUUAAAAUCGGUUUGUGCCGUGUAUGGGAAAGUGUUGAAUAUGAAGGAGAGGGGAUUGGAGACAUGCUACUCCAUUAUAUUGUAUGUUAACAACAUCAGAAUUAUUUUGCCCAGAUGGGUAUAAACAAUUAAAGAAUAACAUUUUUGAAAGUAAUCUUAUUUUCAUUCCUUUAUCUAGUACUCCAGCUGUUUUGUUUCCUUUGGAUUCUUCUUUGUCUUUACUUCCCGGUACACCUUCUGUCAUCUCUCUUGAAAUCAACUUAACUCUAACACAUGCACCAUUUUAUUGUUCUUCCAGAAGAACUUAUCCUUUAUUAUUCCUUUGGCUGUUGUAAUCUUACAUAUUAUGUUUUUCAUUUUCUUGUGGCUCCUUAUUAUUUAAUUUAUUCGUAACUUCAUUAUGCUUCUAUUUCUGUAUAGUUCACAUCUAUCACUGGCAAUUCUGUCUAUAAGCAGGCAUCCUAUGAUUAUUAAGACAAUUAACUAAUUUGUUACCUAGUGCUAGCAGGAGGCAACAACAUGGUAUGUCUUCUUUUAUAUGGCACUGAUAUCAUAUCUGUUGUAAUACAAAAAUAAUUAAUAUAUUGUGAUGUCUUAGUUAUCGUAUUAAAAGGUGAAAAAAGGGUUAGGGGGAUGGGUGGACUGUGCGAAAGAAAAGGAAGGGGACGGAAAUGAAGAAAAAGGUAGGUAGACUGGGGGAAAUACAACUGGAGGUAAGAGAAGUUGCAGUGGGAUGUAUGUCCUUUGUCUAGAUAAUGUCUAAUGAACUUAUUUUUCUACUUUAUUGCCAGUGUUUUAGUUCAUUGUGUCUCCUAAUAUCGCACUUAAUUGUUUCUAAUGUUCUUUCAUAUUUGUUGGCAGAUCACGUAGUUAAUAAACUACCCAACUCCAUUUCAUCAAACUAUGAUUUCUGUGUCAAAUUGUUCAGACUGUGAAGCUUUUAUGCUACUGGUUGAAGUAGAAUUUUGUAUCACUCUGGUUUCUUAAUGUUUAAAAGUUUCCAAUUGUGUUAUUUAUUGGUUAAUGUGUUCAAAUGGAUGUAAAAUGGAAAACACAGUGAUAACAAAACUAACUAGUCUGUUUGUCAAAAAUGUUUUGUACUAUACACACACAUUACAGUAUAAAUUACAUGUAUCUAUUAAAUAUUACUAUUCAUAUAAAGAUAUGAAUAUUCAUACAUAUAUAUUAUACACAAACACAAAAAAUAAAGCUACAUACAUGUGUCCUCAAAUUUCUUUGAGUUUCUCAUGUAUGUGAAAAUAGCUAUAUGAUUAAUACCAGUAACAUAAUAACAAAAUAUAUGCUGUAAAUAAUUAAUAAUAUUAUGGUGCAAUUUCUAACAAAUCCAUAAACCCAUUCCACAUUUUCAACACUCAUUGUUAGCAUAUUCAUGUCCCAUGUUUCCUCAUAAAUUAUGAAUGUUUGCAUUGUCUCAAAGCAAUUUCUCAGAUUCUAAAAUAAAGCCUCUUUUUACCAAAUUAA